ACGUGCAUGCUUUACCCGCCUCCAAGAAUAUCGCACGGAAUAUGUUUUAUGUAUCCCCUUUUCCACGUUUCAGUUUGAUUUUAAAAACAAACUAAAAAGAAAUAAAUGGAGAUUGGAUUAAGAAGGAACAAUCACAAAGAAGGCCUAUUUUCCAGCAUGAAUAUUCGGGGAGAAGUCAAAAUAAAUAUUGGAUGUUAGAAAAAGCAAAGAAAACUCAGUUCAUGCCAGCCGCUACUUUCAAUCUCUCUCUCUGGCUGUCUCUCUGUCUCUUUCCUUUCAUUCGCCUUUGUUUUGGCUUCUGAGGCCUCUCUCUGGAUUGGCCACCUCUUGUGCCUCAUGGAAAAUGUCGGAGAACCUUUAGCUUGUUCAAGCAAUGGUUCCCGCGACAUUGCCGUAGACAAUGAAGAAGAGAAGGCUAAUCCUUCUGGAGGCAGACGUUUGCGACUUGGGUUCUCUGACUCCUUCUCAAGUUAUGAUGUGGAGGAGGCCAUGUACGAGUCCUCAUCUCCAAGAGGAGCUCCUGAGGACGGCUGCUCAACAAGCUUAGAAUCUGAAACAGCUUCCAAAGCCAGUACUUCUGACUUAGGAGGCCAACAGGAUUCAAGAGCCACUAAAAACUGGCGUGACUUCUUUUCUAUGUUGAAGAAAAGACCCCACGUGCGCUUUCAGACCUUCCCUUCUCUAAGAAGUGUCGCAAAGCUUACCAGGAGGAAAAGCAAAAGAAUUGUAGAAGGGAUGGUUCCGGCUCUGGAUACUCCAGUUCCUAUAGAUAGUGAAAUUUGCUGCUUCAAGUCUUCCUGGAAGAACUUCACUCUCUCAGAUCUCCAAGCCGCAACCAACAACUUCAGCCAUGAGAAUUUGAUUGGUGAGGGAGGCUAUGCUGAAGUUUACAGGGGUGAAUUGGAAGAUGGGCAGCUUGUUGCAGUCAAAAGGCUGAACAGAGGAACCCAAGAAGAUAUGACCGCUGAUUUCUUGUCAGAGCUUGGGAUUAUGGUCCAUGUUGAACACCCCAAUAUUGCUAAAUUGAUUGGGUAUGUGGUUGACGGCGGGAUGCACAUCGUUCUUGAAUUGUCUCCCCAUGGAAGCCUAGCGUCUAUACUUUAUGGCCCGAGGGAGAAACUGGAUUGGGGCAUCAGAUAUAAGGUUGCUUUAGGGACUGCUGAAGGCAUUCUGUAUCUUCAUGAGGGAUGUCAGAGGAGAAUUAUCCACAAAGAUAUCAAGGCUUCUAACAUAUUGCUUGCAGAGGAUUUUGAGCCUCAGAUUUCUGAUUUCGGGCUUGCAAAGUGGCUACCUGAUCAAUGGACUCACCAUGUUGUAUCAAAUUUCGAAGGCACAUUCGGCUACCUUCCUCCUGAGUACUUCAUGCAUGGCGUGGUAGAUGAGAAGACUGAUGUCUAUGCUCAUGGGGUACUGCUGUUAGAGCUCAUCACCGGACGGAAAGCCCUGGAUAGCUCACAGCAAAGCCUUGUGAUGUGGGCCAAACCUUUGCUCUCUACAAACAGUAUCAAGGAUCUUGUCGAUCCAUGUCUUGCUGAUUCGUAUGACUCAGAACAGAUGAGUCGUAUGGUCUUGACAGCUUCUUUGUGUAUACAUCAUUCUUCAAUGCAUCGUCCCAAAAUGAGCCAGGUUGUAAAGAUUCUGAAAGGCGAGGACAGCGCUUUAGAGCUCGUAAAACAAUGCCAACAGCCUAGACUUCGGAGGGCAUACUCGGAGGAGCUGUUCGAUGCAGAAGAGUAUAACUCAACCAAGUGUUUAACUGAUCUGGAUCUUCAUAUGAACAUUGUUUUGGGGAACUAAUAUCCAGUUAAAACUCAUUUGUUGAAUUUGAUCAAAUGUAAAGAUCGAGCGCCAAAACAGUUUGGAAGAAGGAAAACAAUAUGGACCGGAGAGAAAACCGAGCAGAAUCUGAUAUAUAUUUUUUGUUUUUUUUUUUUUUUUUUUUUUUUUUUUGAUUUUCUAAUUACUUGCAUGUAUGACGAGGCCGUAACGAAAAUGGUUAUUUACGAAUACUGCUAUAUCUACAAAAGAAUUACAUAAAAAUAAUUAUAGAAAUUAAUGUGAUUUCAUUU